AGUGCUUUCUUUUUGAAAUGAACGUUUCUUCGGUUCAGAAGCUUUGCAUUCAUUUAAUUUCUUCUGCAUUUCAAAGAUGCCGUUUAUCCGAAGAUCUUUGCAGAUUAUCAGUCGUUCUCAAGAGCUCUCCAUCUACUCCUCCUGUCAUUCGAGUUUCAAUAUCAGAUACGGGAAUCGCUAGUUGCUUGGAGGAGUUUCAGGACCUGAAGUACAGUAGAGAAAGCAUUGGAAACGAAAAGUGGGAUGGGUUGCUUUCUGUCAAAACUACUGGCAUUAGUGAUAAUGAGAUAUAUCAUUAUCGCAUAAAUAUUAGGGAAAGUGUUUCAGCCAGAAGGCUCACUAGGCUGCCUUCAAAUCCUAAGAAUGGGGCGAAAUUCAGUGGUACUGAAGUAUAUCUGUCCAUCUCUGAUACCAUUGAUUCUUUGCUGGCAGAGAUCAACCACUUCUUUCAAAAGAUACUCAUUCUAAAGAUCCCAAGUGUAGCUGCUGAACUGGUGAUUGAUAGAGGGGAUGGUCCAGGAUUGCGAUGUGAAAAUGUCUUUUUAACGAAUGAAUGCAGUCGUUUGCACUUUCCAACCUCAAAUGUUGAAAAGCUAAAGUCAGGCCUUGAAGCAUAUGUUUUAAAGCAUGGAAAUAGCUUAAACAAUAAAUGUGACUCUUGCUUCUGCAGUAGGGAGCAACUUAAGAUCGGUAGUGGAGUAGCAUGCAGCAUGGGAAGCCACAGGAGUUCUGGACUAACGAUGGAAGCAGUAAUUGUAAUAAGUGAAUUUUCUGAGUCUCCUUGCUGCAGGUCAUGCAGCAAUAAAACAGAGGUUCUGCAUUUUAAAGACUUCUUACCAUGUACAGUAUCCCAACCAUCCCUCAAGGCAUUGACUAGCAUCGACUGGAAAAGUUAUGGGUUAACUUUGGGGAGUGUUGUGGAUGAAGUUGACCAUGCAUUGGUGGAGUGGGAAAGUUUACCCCCUUAUCUCCGUAUUGAUAUGGUUCUGCACUACUAUCAUAAACAAUAUCCAAUCCUAUGUUAAAUGGUCAUGAUAUUGCCAGGAAAGUAUAAAACUCAACCUGAUCGAAAUCUUAUUAGAAAGGCAGUCAAGCUUGCAUUGGAUGAUUUGAAGCAGAAACACACAGGAAUUCUUCUCAGUGCACAAGCUGUGAAGAUUUGCAGAUAUGCGCCAGACCUUGCAAGCACAAUUGCUGGCCUCAUCUUGUCAUCUAAUGACUCGGAAUUCCGAAGCGAAUGUAUGUCACUACUUGGAUUAUUUCAGUCUCAAGAGAUCGGAGGGGAAACCAUUGAAGAUUGUAUCAAGGAAAAGAUAAUCUCAGUCAUAGAGACUAACGAUAGGAAGCCCGAGAAAAGCAAAGAGGCUGCACCUUUUCUUUUUGAAGAUGACUGUACGAAAGACCCAUACUUUGAGGAAUAUGAAGAAGAUGAGGAUGUUUUUCGUUCCCCAGAUUGAUUGAUUUCUUGUACUUUAUCCUUACGCAUUUAACCAAUUCCUGAGACUUCCACUAAUCCAUGAGAAUUCUGCAUCUCUGUUAAUUGUAUAUAAGGUGUCAAUAUAAUAAUAUACGAAUAUUAUUAAGAGAGAUGCAGUUUGUAUCUGAGGUAUAUGAAGAAGUUUACAUUUUAGUCCCAACCAUUGCCAUGAUU